AUGAUAAGCCGUCGAUUAAAAGACCUCGUCGCGAGCGAAGUCGCCUUUGUGUUGAAUUAUAUUCUGGAGCACUCCGACGCAGCUGUCGCAGUUGCGAGCGACAUAGACCUCAUACGUGUAUGCGAGGCUCGACGUGAGAGUGGCGGCAGCAGUGGUGAAUACCCCAUUCCCGAAGACAUCCCCCGAUUUUGGAGGAAGUUCAACCUCCGAUCGAGGUCACUGAGGACGGCCGUGAUUGGCUUCCUACUGCUUGACGACGACGAGGCCGAGCUAUAUGAUCCUGCGGCUGAUCAGCGUGCCGCUCAAGCGGAUGUCGGUCCGCGUGAGGGAGCGGAUGACGAUCUACCGGCAGCGAGAGGAAUCAUACCGUCGGCCACGUCUUCUCUCGACGAUGAGCUGUCGAUAUACGCGGGUGCGCAGGGCGGUUCAACACUCAGCGCCAGCGGCUGCGUGGCGGACGCCAACGGGAGUUUCCACGUCUGGGACAGGGCGCGAGAUCGAGGGACGCGCAUUCCAAGUGGAACCGCGACUUCAAUCGCGUCCACUCCUCCACAAACGAGGGUGCUCUAUACAGACGGGAAAUACCUGUUCUGA